GUGCUCGUCAUCUCGCACUCAGGGAAGGGAAAAUAGGAAAACUGUCGGGAAGGAAGAGCAGUGAACACGCCGAGGAACAUACAUAUUAUGUAUUCUAGAUUGGUCCUAAAAGAGUACACAGUCAAGGGGGGCUAUAAGCUAGUCACUUUCAGCGUUAGUUUACCCAUGUGUGUGUAAUCUAGGUAAAGUUAUUCGCUGAAUAGGGGAAAUUCGACUUCACUACUCGGACGUGCAGUGGGCUAAGAACGCCCAGAACAGCAGCAGUUGGAAAUCUGAGUCUGUUUCGAUAGGCCUGGAUCCCUGUUCAAACAACGUCUGGGGACUUGCAUGAAAACAACAAAAGAACCACCCGAAAUUGUGUGAAUGGAGCAGUGUGAGAGUGCAGCCUCUCUCCUGGCCUCCGUGAGGGAGCAGGAGCGUCAGUUUGAGCGUCUGACUCGCGCUCUGGAGGAGGAGAGGAGGUGCGGAGGCACCCUCCCACGCCCUCCCCCCAAUCUACAGAAUGGGCGUGUUUCUUGUGAUGCGGACAUAGAGAGGCUCACACUGAACGAGGGAUACGUCAACGGGACACAUUACAGGAUGGAGCCUGGUCAAGUCGUCCAGGAGACGGUUACCGUGGAGGAGGACCCGCACGAGGUGCCCCCCCUCAUCUCUGUGGAAACCAGCGAAGAUGGCACCACGCGCCGCACAGAAACUACGGUAAAGAAGGUAGUGAAGACUACCAUGACUCGUACAGUCAUCCCCUCUGUGUCUGACAACCUCUCCCUGGAUGGAGGGGGGUCUAUGACAGGUGUAGGGGGUUACACCACCCCCAUGGAGCGAGUCUACAGACAGCCAGGUCCUCCCAUGGACUACCCCACCAACACCGUGCCCCGAAACUACCACUACGGACCCCCGGGAGGGUACGAGGACUACCGCCAGGGCCCUCCCUCCAUAGGGGAGACCUACGCCAGCCUGAGCAGGGGAGCACGCAUGGACGACCGCUACAGGCCAGCUGAUGGGUACCGGACCCUGGACUCAGGAUACAGAGCCAUCAGCAGGAACCAGCUGGACCCAUACGCAGCACAGCCACAGGUGGGUCGUAUGGGCAGUGCGUUGGAGCUGUCUGGGAUGCCGAGGUUUGUCCCAGAGCCGUACGGUCUGGAGGAUGACCAGAGGAGUCUGGGAUAUGACGAGGCAGACUACGGCAUGGGACCGGCCAUCCACUACGGAACAGUUCCACGCAACCAACAAGCCUUCAACCACGGACCGCCCCGCAGGACAGGGAGCUAUGAAGGGACUCUGGACGGAGACAUGAGUGGAGCAGGGGACAUGUACUACUGGGGAGGUGCACCCCUGGCCCAGGGAGAGAGGGGUAGCAUGGCCUCCUUGGACAGCACCCUGAGGAAAGGCCCUGCCACUUCCUGGAGACAGCCUGAGCUGCCGGAGGUCAUCGCCAUGCUCAACUACAGACUGGACCCCGUCAAGAGCAACGCUGCCGCAUACCUGCAGCACCUCACCUUUAAGAACGACAAGGUGAAGACAGAUGUCCGUCGUAUGAAAGGUAUCCCAUCCCUGGUGUCCAUGUUAGACAACCCUAAGAAGGAGGUCCACCACGCCGCCUGCGGAGCGCUCAAAAACAUCUCUUACGGACGAGACUCUGACAAUAAGAUCGCCAUCAAGAACUGUGAUGGAGUACCGGCCCUGGUCAGACUGCUGAGGAAGACCAGAGACCAGGACCUGACCGAUACUAUCACAGGCACGCUGUGGAACUUGUCGUCUCACGACUCAGUGAAGAUGGAGAUCGUUGACCACGCUCUGCACGCCCUCUCAGACGAGGUGAUGGUAGCUCACUCGGGCUGGGAGAGAGGGAACGAGGCAGGAGGAGAGGAGAACCUCAAACCACGACACCUGGAGUGGGAGACGUCUCUCACCAACACAGCUGGCUGCCUGAGGAACGUGAGCUCUGAGCGCAGUGAGGCCAGGAGGAAGCUGAGAGAGUGCACAGGAUUGGUCGACUCGCUCAUGUACAUUGUCCAAUCACAGAUCAACCUGAAAGACGUGGACAACAAGCUGAUAGAGAACAGUAUGUGUCUGCUGAGGAAUCUGUCCUAUCAGGUUCACCGGGAGGUGCCGGGCGCUGAGCGCUACCAGGAAGCCAUGUCCCUCAACCAGGGCCCCGCCCCCUCCACUGGAAAGACCAACCGCUUCAGCUCCCGCAGGGGCAAAGAUGACUGGUGUUCUAAAGGGAGAAAUGAAGACGGAGCAGAUAUGAUUGACAUUCCAAAGAGGACUACACCUGCCAAAGGUUAUGAGUUGUUGUUCCAGCCAGAGGUGGUGCGUGUCUACACCUCUCUGCUGAAGGAGAGUAAGAACCCCACCGUGCUGGAAGCCUCCGCCGGAGCCGUGCAGAACCUGUGUGCCGGACGCUGGACCUAUGGGCGGUAUAUCCGUGCAUUGUUGCGUCAGGAGAAGGGUCUUCCCAUGAUGACAGAGCUGUUGGCCCAUGGCAACGACCGGGUGGUCAGGGCCAUGUCUGGAGCUCUGCGGAACCUGGCUAUCGACGCCCGCAACAGAGACCUGCUCGGUAAACAUGCAGUUCCCCACCUGGUAUCCAACCUGCCUGGUGGGGGUCAGAGCCAGCCUGUGAGGGCUCUGUCAGAGGAGACGGUGGUGUCUGUACUGAGCACCCUUCAUGAGGUUCUGGGCUCCAGCCUGGACGCUGCCAAGAUCCUCAGAGCCUCGCAGGGCAUCGAGAGACUGGUGCUCAUCAAUAAGGACGGGAACCGGUCAGAGCGAGAGGUGCGUGGUGCCGGCCUGAUACUCCAGUUAGUUUGGGGCUAUAAGGAGUUGAGGAAGACCCUGGAGAAGGAUGGCUGGAAGAAGACAGACUUCAUGGUGAACCUCAACCCGCCCAACAGCACCCAGCCCCGGGUCAACGGAGGAUAUGAAGACAGUACGCUGCCGCUCAUAGACAGGGGAGGAGGAGACAAGAGCGACAUGAUUCCACUAAAUGAUAUGGGACCAGAUGCCUACUCCACACUGGACCAGAGGGGGAGGAAGAACACUCUGGACAGAACACUGGAGCCUGCUGACAAAGACACAGCACAGGGAGGGCUGUAUGAGGAGAGGCGGGACUCUGUUCCUCUCAUGGACUCUUAUGACGGUUAGGCCACACCCCCCCACACACUGCAUGUGAGCGCAUGAGAAACUGAUAGUGUGCAUCACUAGAAGAGAGCAGCCUCUACCGGCCUACUGCCCCUGCUGAACCUCUGGACACUCACUGAGGGACCACUGACUCCACUAGAACUGGACUCUCUCCUUCUGUGUCUUUUUCUCUUUCCUUUCUCUCUUUUUCCUCUCUCCUCUCAAUUUCUAAAUCUUCUUUCCCUCUUAUCUCUCUCGGGGUCUGUGACAUAAGCCACUUGCAUGACCUUCAGCCUUCCUCACCUCCCUAGCUCUCCCUCAUUCCUCUAUUUAGACUGUGACUUUUAGCCACUAAAGGAACACUAUGGACUCCUGACAUCCCUCUUCUACCUGUCGACACUACUAUGACAUAAGACCACUUCUAAUUUAGUAACUCCUCCCACCACAGUGACACACUAACCCCCAACACUACACUAACUCCUCCCACCACAGUGACACACUAACCCCCAACACUACACUAACUCCUCCCACCACAAUAGGGACAGUUGUGACUUCAUCUGGGAACUGGGAACGUUCACCACCACAGUAACAAAGCUAAUCAAAAGGGAACUGUUGGAAUGGGAUUCAAACUGUAACUGAACUUAAACUGACAAACCCCUUUUUUUACUGGAAUGGUUAAAACUGCGUUUCUACAAGUGAUUGUGAAGAUUUCCAGUCAAGGUUUUUUUUCCUUCUUGUGAUAACUAAUUACCACUAAACUUCUGUUUCCCAACAAAGAAUCAAUGUUUGUUGAUCUACCGCCGGUGUUGCUUUGGUCUUUGUUGGAGGUGUGAUUGCUGAGUUGUGGUUCUGACUAGUGAUGAACACGUGCCAAACUACACACCACUAUUGCAGUAACUUUCUACUACAGAGUAUUUCUGAACACUACUUCUCUUCUCAGAGCCAUCUGUUGUGAUGUUCUAGUGUACAUGACAUCAUUGGGUGAUGUCAGACAGGCACUGGUGUGCCAUUGGGCAGUGUUGUGGGAAAGUAAGUAGCUUGACGACCACUUUAAAAUUUUACACAUGGGUCUUGCGUCACAGAACAUUCUUGAUCGUCUGUUCUGCAGAUUAUAUUUCUAUGAUUUUCACCCAUGUAUAAUAGACCAGUGAACCGUUUCGGCUCUAUUCAAUACAUUUCUAUCUGUGUGGCUCUUUAGCGUCAUUGUUAUACCCCCUUUCUCAACUCGCUCUGGUUCUAAUGGUUCUCCUGAAGCUAUGGGAGAAACCACAGAUUUGAUUGUUGAUCCAGUGACUGCAUUUCUUUCAAUCUGCAAAUCUCUAUAUAUAUGAAUGUGUAAAUAUGUGAUCGCCUUCAACUACGUCUGUGUGGCUCAUGGCUAACUGGAGUGCCUCGUUCGUUGGUGUUUUUAAGGUGGGAUGGGGGUUUUCCCUGGGGGUAUCAUUCACUAGCAGCAACAUUCCAGAACAUUGAAUCCAAAUGGAAUGUAUAGAACAUUUUUUUUUGUGUGUGUUCCGCAUAAUAACACAAUGGAAUGUAUAGAGUUGAUAUGAUUGAUGCUCUGCAUAUGGAACAGAGAACCAUUCUAGUGCCAUUACGUUCCACGUCAAACUGGAGGGUUCCAGCCUACUGAACCUACGCCUGGGUGUCCAUCUACCCUGCUGGACUGGCUGGUGUCCAUGGAGACCACAGAACACUAAGAGGGGAGAGGACACAUUUAGCUGGUUGUUUCCCUCCAGACUGAGUUCCUUUAGUACCGUAGACAACAUUAUUAUUCUCAGUGCAGAGUAAGAUGUAGAUAUUUUCUCAGUAGAUUAAAGCACUAGGGGUAAAAGCGUUUAUUGGUUCCUUUGAUUAUUUUCAUGCCAAUCCAACACUACAAAUGGUCAGUCUCAGAAAAAUGUAAAUGAGUUGCCUUGUAACCAGAUAUAGUCCUAGAAUGAGAUGAUCUAGAACUGAUACAGGAAAUGAUGUGGGAGUGGAAUCCAAUGGGAAAGUGGGACUAAAGAGGGGCGGAGCAUAAAAGUAAAUUAGCAAGAUUUGUAUAAGUGCAAAGACCUGAUUUUGAUUCUAGUUGCUAUUUAAAAAAUAAAUAAAAUAAAAAGCAAAUUUAACUAUAUAUAGAAGAUAAAUAUUUGUUAAUUUGACUGGUUUUAUGUAUUGUUUUUAUAUUUUAUGAUUUGGGUUUAUUCGUCUUGCAAGGUAUUGUGGGUGAACGCAUAUGCAAUCAGGUUUAUUUUUGAAUUGAGAAACAGUUAUGGUUUAUAUAUUUUAAUUAAAGAGAAAACAAGCAAAACACAAUGUAAAAUCAAUUGUACAUUCCAAAUGGUCCCCUAUUCCCAAUAUAGUACACUACUAAAUGGCCUGAUAUGGCUCUGGGUGAAAGUAGUUAACUAUAUAGGGGACAGGGGGACAUUUAGGAGACAGUCUAACUCUCAAUUUCUGUCAACAGUUUAUUAUUGGACCGCUGAUCUAAAAUGUGAUUCUGGAUGAAAACCUUAAUCUCUUCUUCUAUGCCUUGGCUCUUAAUGUUGCACAUUUCUCUCAUGAAUGGAAUAUGUAACAAGCAAUACAGUUUAUAAUAAAUCAAAUAAAAAGUGCUUUUUUCAA